ACACCUUAGAGUGUGGUGCCAUGCACGGUUCAUUAUUACAUUGAUCUUUUCUUUCUAGCUGUAUAUCUACCAACAAUGGCAUCACCAUCGCAACCAGAAAUUGCAAUACCGGAAAUGUUUAUACGCCCCGAACUGGAACCUACUGCUAUCCAAUCUGAUCAUGAAGCCGCAGCAAUUCCCAUCUUUGACCUCCAAACCCUGCUUUCUGAUGGAAACGACAAUACCACUCAACUCCACGAGUUGUACGACACAUGCAAAGAGUGGGGGAUUUUUCAGGUGCGGAACCAUGGUGUUAGUCGUGAAGUGCUAGAGAAUUUGGAAGUGGAGAUGGAGAAAUUCUUCAAUCUGUCGAAGGAGGAGAAAAGCAAGUACCAAGUGGAAGAGGGAGAUUUCCAAGGGUAUGGAAACGUGAAAAGAAGAAGCAAGGAUGAGAAGGUUGAUUGGGGGGAGAGGUUCUUCAUGGUGAUAAACCCUAUGGAGAGAAGAAAGGCAGAUCUGUUGGAAAAGCUGCCUCCAUCGCUGAGAGAGACGUUGGAGACAUACUUUGCGGAGUUGAGGAAGAUCGGGAUGGGGCUGCUGAGAAUAUUGGGAGAAGGAGUUGGAAUGGAGAUAGAGGAAGUGGAUCACAUAUUUGACAACGGGAUGCAGACAACCAGGAUGACGUAUUAUCCGCCAUGCCCCAAUCCGGAGCUAGUUUUAGGUUUGACUCCUCACUCCGACUCAACAGGGAUAACCAUACUUCACCAGGUCAACGCAAUUGAGGGUCUCCAAAUCAAGAAACAUGGCCUUUGGCUGCCUGUGUCUUUUCACCCCAACGCCUUUCUUGUUUUGGUUGGGGACAUCUUUGAGAUAGUAAGCAAUGGGGUCUACAACAGCAUGGAGCAUAGGGUAGUAGUCAACAAAGAAAAGGGGAGACUUUCUAUUGCCAUGUUCAUGAACCCAAAAUAUGAGGCAGAGAUUGGGCCUGCAAAGCGCUUGAUAAGUGAAGAAAACCCACCCUUGUUUAGAAGAAUGGUUAUGGAAGAUUUCGUCAAAGACUACUUUUCCCGCAAGCUCAAUGGCAAAGCGCACUUGGAUAAUAUGAGGAUCAAAACUACUUCUCCUCCUGAUGAUCACUAAUAACAUCUGCUGUUGAUGUGCUUUGUUAUUGCAUAAUCAAAACAUACUUUAUUUCAUCAACAUGUAUAUGUCGUUGCCUUACAUAAACGAGUACUUUUUUAGAUA